CUCAGUUCAUUAAUGCUGAUAUUUAUCACGGCAAUAUACUACAUGUAACACUGGUAAUAGGAUGCUAUUGGUGGAAACGCGUUUGAAUUUAACCUUAUUUCUAGUUUCUUUCCACCCGAUUCCGUGGAAGUGGUGACGUGAACGUUUAUUGUCAACAAUACGGCAAGGGUUAAACCACUGCCUGGAUCAGUCCAGUGGAAUAUUAUGGCGAGGGAGGGCAGGCAGUUCGGCUGUGGGAGGCGCCUCGGGGCAACUGACGUGAAAGGCAUCUGUGUAUCUGAUUAGUCAACACAGAAUAGGGCGUCCGCUUGCUAUAUACAAAACCAACGCAUCAGUAAAUUGAUACGAAAUACAUCGGACCCGUUGGACGAGGAUGGUUCACGUACACACAGGAUGACAGCAGUGUGAUUUUAAGCACGGAUAUCUUCAGUUUAUUAUUGUUAUUUGCGACAGCGCAGAACGAGAAAUUGUAGUCAGUAAUCAGGACAUCGCUCUGGGAAUUAAAAGGAUGUUCCGCUGGUAGGCUACAUUUGGUUGGCGAUGAGGAGCCUCGGAGAAAAUCGGAUUCGUAUCCAGAAAGGAUGCUCUGAAAACGGAGACAUAGGCCUACUAAUCGUUUUGGAAUAAUUCAAAAGGAUAAAUGGUGCUCUGUGCAUUUGUCCGGGGUUAGUAGAUGCGUUGGUGUAUGGUUGAAAGCUUAACAUCCUCACAAAUGCGGGAAGGAGCAGUUUAUGCGUAUGUAUAUUUAAGAGAGGAUUUUACAUUAAGUUGAAAUAUCCUACAUCAGCCCGGCAAGCCGAUCUAUUUGACGAACUUUUUGGAUAUAUUUGCUGAUGCCAGCAGCUCCAGAUUGCCUGUAUGGCCGGAUCAUGAAGUUUCUGACGUUUUUCCUUUUACUUCCAGAGACCCUAAAAAGGACUAGAAAGAGUGGUAAACAGUCGGGAAAGCUGCCAGUAUGCUAUGAGAUCGUGACUUUGUCCUUGAAGAAGAAGAUGGCUGCAGAACUGUAUCCUGCAAGCAUAAACACCAACCUCCCGAACAGUAACGGCACCGCAGUGACUGCUGCCAGUAAGAAGACUAUAGUUGAAGUGACCGAGACGGUAACCACACCGACCACCACCACCGCUCAACAGAAUAUCACCAACAACAACGUCGAGACAGCACGCUGGCAGUCAACUCACCCCACACUGCGAGAAAGGAAUGCUUUGAUGUUCAACAACGAACUCAUGGCAGAUGUUCAUUUUAUUGUUGGUCCUCUUGGUGAAUCACAGCGAGUUCCAGCGCACAAGUAUGUUUUGGCGGUGGGCAGCUCUGUUUUCGGUGCCAUGUUCUAUGGCGACCUGGCUGAGGGGGAAGCCGAAAUCCAUAUCCCAGAUGUGGAGCCUGCUGCUUUUUUAAUCCUGUUAAAGUACAUGUACAGUGAUGAGAUUGAACUGGAUGCGGACACCGUGCUGGCCACUCUGUACGCCGCCAAAAAGUAUAUAGUGCCUGCCCUGGCCAAGGCCUGCGUCACCUUCCUAGAGACGAGCCUGGAGGCCAAGAACGCCUGCGUGCUGCUGUCCCAGAGCCGCCUUUUCGAGGAGCCCGAGCUGACGCAGCGAUGCUGGGAGGUCAUCGACGCCCAGGCUGAGCUGUCCCUGCUUUCGGAGGGCUUCUGCGAGAUCGACCUGCCGACGCUGGAGAUCAUCCUGCGGCGCGAGACGUUGAACACGCGCGAGGCCGUGGUCUUCCAGGCCGUGCUGGAGUGGGCGGUGGCGGAGUGCAAGCGCCAGGGGCUGGGCCCGACCUCCCGCAACAAGAGGGCGGUGCUGGGCAAGGCCCUGUACCUGGUGCGCAUCCCCACCAUGACACUGGAGGAGUUUGCCGACGGCGCCGCGCAGUCGGACGUGCUGACGCUCGAGGAGACGCACGACAUCUUCCUGUGGUACACGGCGGCCACCAAGCCCAAGCUGGAGUUCCCGCUGGUGCAGAGGAAAGGGUUGGCCCCUCAACGGUGCCACCGCUUCCAGUCGUCGGCGUACCGCAGCAAUCAGUGGCGCUACCGCGGGCGCUGCGACAGCAUCCAGUUUGCCGUGGACAAGCGCGUCUUCAUCGCCGGCCUGGGCCUGUACGGCUCGAGCGGAGGCAAGGCCGAGUAUAGCGUCAAGAUCGAACUCAAGCGCCAGGGCAUGGUCCUGGCGCAGAACCUGACCAAGUUCGUGUCGGACGGGUCCAGCAGCACCUUCACGGUGUGGUUCGAGCACCCGGUCCAGGUGGAACAGGACACCUUCUACACGGUGAGCGCCGUGCUGGACGGAAGUGAGCUCAGCUACUUUGGACAGGAGGGCAUGACAGAGGUGCAGUUAGGGAAAGUGACUAUCCAGUUCCAGUGCUCCUCGGACAGUACCAAUGGGACAGGUGUGCAGGGGGGGCAGAUUCCAGAACUAAUCUUCUAUGCGUGAGAAGGGGGUGCGAGAAGUGGCAGGCCGAUAUUCAUUCAAAAGUGCAUUCCAGCCCUGAAAUAUUGCGUAAUGUGGGACCUGUGAGGGUUCCUGCCUUCUUUUACAAUGUAGCAGUGGAAGACCAUUUCCAGGAAGUUGUUUAGUCUGUUGAAAGACUGCUGUCUUGACAAUUUUUGAGUGAAGGAGUGUGCUUCAGUUUUAUUUAUUUAAAAAAUAAGUAUAUAUUUGACUUAAUUAUUGAUGCUGCAUCAUGCAGACUUUAUAUAUAUAUAUAAAUAUAUAUACAAACAAGGAAUUAGAUGUAAUGCACUUCUAGUGGACAACAACCACUAGUGUGUUGUGUUUUGUACAUAAGUUGAGGCUGACUUGUUUACAGCUUGAGGCUGAUUGACAAUUGAAAUGUCUUGUAUUAGUGCGCAGCUUCACAAACUGCAGAUCAUAAAAGUUUUUUUUGUGACUCAAACUGA